AUGUCCAAUAAUCCGCGAGAGGAUUAUGUCGUCCUCAGAUCACCCUUGAUGUAUCCCUCAUCACCUCCACUUUCACGACACUCGAAUGACUCUGACGAUUCUUUACGAGCCCUCGAGGUUUCCGAAGGACCUGCUGCUUCUCGUCAAAUUGGGCGAGGCAGAUCUUAUUCAAUAUCCGGAUUUGACUUUCAGCGCGACUUGCUGCCUCUCAGUGCGAGUGUAACGGAUCCAGGAAACCUACAUGCAGAAGGAGGAGAAAAGAACAUUGGUCUGAUAAAUGGUAUUGCUCUUGUAGUUGGCCUACAGAUUGGCUCAGGAAUCUUUUCUUCUCCCGGAAUGGUGGUUGCCAAUACUCACAGCGUAGGGGCGAGUUUGGCGGUGUGGCUUGCCUCUGGUUUACUAGCAUGGACGGGUGCGAGUAGUUUUGCGGAACUGGGCUCUGCAAUACCUCAGAAUGGAGGUGCACAAGCAUAUCUGUCGUACGCCUACGGUCCACUCGUGUCAUACUUGUUCGCGUGGACUGCCAUUAUUGCCCUCAAGCCAGGUGGCAAUGCGGUAAUUAGCCUCAUUUUCGCUGAAUAUCUCAACAGGAUGUUCUUCCACGCCACGCGUGCUGAGGUAUCACCAGACGACAUCCCUCAAUGGGGAAUCAAACUCACCGCCAUAGGAGCAGUUGUGGUCGUCACAAUCCUUUGUGUCGCGGCCAAGAAGUUAGGGACGCGUGUUGCUGUGGUUUUCACCGCAGUGAAGGUGACCUCUCUGAUAUUGGUCACGGUGCUUGGGAUCGUGCAGCUUGCGCGUGGAAAGGCCUCGAGUUCAUUUAGAGAACCCUUGUUUUCUGGCUCUAGCACUAGCCCGUCGUCUUAUUCCCUCGCUUUCUAUUCCGGUCUCUGGGCGUUCGAUGGCUGGGAUCAAGCUAACUAUGUCGGAGGCGAGAUGUCCCAGCCGGAGAAGAAUAUCCCUCGCGCCAUUCAUUCGAGCAUGUUCAUCGUGACACUUCUAUUCAUGUUGGCAAAUAUCUCGUACUUCGUUGUUCUGGACAAGAAUCUCGUUGGCUUGAGCAACACUGUCGCUAUGGAUUUUGGACGGGCACUCUUUGGGCCUAUAGGAGGGAGCAUAUUCGCAUUUAUGGUCGCAUUCUCCUGUUUUGGCGCUCUCAAUGGGUCUUUCUUUACAUCGGCGACACUAGUGUACGCCGCAGGACGCGAACGAUACCUUCCACGAAUUUUCGGAAAACUGCACACAACACGCCGCACCCCUCUCAACGCCGCACUUUUGCAAGCAUCGAUCACCAUCCUGUUCAUCAUGCUUGGUAGCGGAUUUAGGUCCCUGAUCAACUUCUCUGUCGUGGCGUCUUGGGCAUUUUAUUUCCUCACAGUCCUGGGACUUGUGAUACUGCGAGUGAAAGAGCCAAUGCUAGAAAGGCCAUACCGAACUUGGAUUAUCACUCCUCUGACUUUCUGUGCUGUCGCAUUGUUCCUCCUUUGCAUGCCCAUCAUCGCUGCUCCUGUUGAAGCUGCUGCGGUUCUUGGUUUCAUUCUUGUGGGAAUACCCGUCUACUAUUUAACCCAAGCUGCGGACGACGAAGAUCAGUCGCGCGUAUCCAUGUGGUUCAAGGGCAUCGUCAACCGGUUACGAGGACGUUCACGCGCAGCUGAUGGAUGGGAAGCAGUCGCCACAGGUGAAGGUGAUGAAGUCGAAAUGCAUCAGACUCGGUCAUAG